AUGCGAGCCAUAUAUUAUCUCUUUGGGACUGUAUGCUCGGUCGCCUUUUCAAAGGGCGCCGCUGCCGCCUUCAACUACAGCGCUAGGAGUGUCGACCCGCUCCUUACAAUCUUCGACGAUCGCCCGUCAGAUUGUCCACCGUGUUUCAACUGCCAGCUCGAUGCCUUUCAGUGCCACCAAUUCGCCGAUUGUAACAAGUACACCGGAAAAUGCUCAUGCCCUCCUGGGUAUGGCGGUGACGAUUGCUCAGUCCCUACAUGCGGCUCGCUUGCGGAUGGCGUAAAUCGUGCCCCUAGGCAAGACAAGUACUGUGAUUGCAAGGAAGGAUGGGAAGGUGUCAACUGCAAUGUCUGCAAAUCAGACGAUGCGUGCAAUGCCUUGAUGCCGGAUGAGGAGGGAGGUGUCUGUUAUACACAAGGUCUGACGGUUAGAGAAAACCACCAGAUGUGUGAUGUCACCAAUCGCAAGAUCCUCGACCAGCUGAAAGAGCGGAAACCACAAGUGACCUUUUCCUGCAAGGAGGGGGAAGGCGAAAAGAAUUGCAACUUUCAAUUCUGGGUGGACCAAGUAGAAUCGUUCUAUUGUGAUCUCGAUAACUACCGGAUGCUCUGUGGUGAAGCAGGCUCAAUUGAUAUCGGAGACUUUCUCACCGAAGAGAUCAAGGGUCCUGCCACCUUCAGUACACUGUCAACAGUUAGUGGCGGCAAGGACGAUGGCAGUACUUUCAAAGAACCUGCUAUGGAUGACCUGAUCAAAAGUGUUUUUGGUGACGAGAGUAUUACGCUGAAAUGCCGCUCAGGAGAGUGUCUCUACAAGACAGACGUACCUGGGUACCAACGCCCCGUGAAGCAGAUCAAUACCCCUCUCAUCGCGGGUGUUAUUGCAGGAUCUUCUCUCUUUGUUGUCGCGGUAAUUUUGGGUAUAUGGUAUCUUUCUAGACGCGCUGCCUACCGCGGCUAUGGUGCUGUGCGACUCUCUGACGAUUCCGACGAUGAAGCCGAUAAGCUUCUCGCUGACCAGCGCGCAGCUGCCCUGCUUUUCGACAAUGUGUCCUAUGCUCUCAACGGAAAGCAGAUUUUGGCAGACAUUCAAGGUGUUGCACAGGCGGGUGAAAUCACUGCCAUCAUGGGUGCUUCUGGUGCUGGAAAGACUACCUUUCUUGAUAUCCUCGCCCGAAAGAAUAAGCGUGGUAUUACUCAGGGCGACUUUUAUAUCAAUGGCGAGAAGGUUUCUGACAAUGACUUCAAAAGCAUGAUUGGCUUUGUUGAUCAAGAAGACACUAUGCUACCCACAUUGACUGUUCACGAGACUAUACUUACUAGUGCUUUGUUACGACUUCCCAAGGACAUGAGUUAUAUCGCCAAGGAGCAAAGAGUCACGGACGUGGAAAAACAACUUGGAAUCCAUCAUAUCAAAGAUCAAAUUAUAGGCUCCGAGGAAGGUCAUGGACGUGGAAUUUCUGGAGGAGAGAAGAGGAGAGUAGGAAUCGCGUGCGAACUGGUCACCAGCCCCAGUAUCCUAUUUCUCGACGAGCCUACUAGUGGCCUAGACGCGUACAAUGCGUUCAACGUCAUUGAAUGUCUUGUGACACUGGCCAAGACGUACAACCGCACCGUUAUCUUUACAAUCCAUCAGCCACGUUCCAACAUCGUUGCUUUGUUUGAUCGGUUGAUACUCUUGGCCAAGGGGAGAACUGUUUACUCUGGUCCUUUCUCUUCCUGUCAACAGUAUUUUGAUCACAUUGGCUACCCUUGCCCUCCGGGCUUUAAUAUCGCCGAUUAUUUGGUCGACCUGACCAUGCACGCUGGAGUCUCCCAGACUCGUGUUGAAGAUAUUUUGUUGGAUGUGCAAACGGAUAAUCUCAAAACAGCCUCAAGCAGCCUUCGUGCAGUCAAAUCAAUUGCUAGUGCAUCCAAUCUUAGCAUGGAAGAAACCCUUGCCCGAAAUGCCCAAGAAGCCUCAUCUCGUCCAGGAACGAAACGGCACCAGUCUUUGAAACAACGUCAAGACAAACAACUAUAUACCCGACGAAGAGCGGACUUGGAAACUCCACCAACGCCCAAGACUGAUGAAGAGGAUGCCGGUAUCACAACGGGGGACAAUUCGCAACAGUGGCUUCGCCUGUCUUCUCGUUACGGUAGCGUCCCUUCUCAGGCCUUGGAUGACCCUGAUCAACUUCCACCACCAGCUUCAGGAACCACCGACCUGGAUGCGCUUGUAUCUAGCUACGCGACGUCUGAUGUAGCCAACUCCGUACAUGAGGAGAUUAUGUCUGCAAUAGAACGCGCAAACGAGGCGAACGGUACUCCAAAUGGUGGUGCCCUUGGCAAUAACACACCGACAAAGGGCUACGCGCGUAUUGGCCUCCUCCGGCAGUUUGUUAUCUUGUCCCAGCGUACUUGGCGCAACCUAUAUCGAAACCCUAUGUUGAUGUUAACACACUACGCGAUCUCCAUUCUGCUCGCAGUUCUGUGCGGAUACCUAUUCUACGGACUUACGGACGAUAUCAAGGGUUUUCAGAAUCGUCUCGGGUUGUUCUUCUUUAUCCUUGCCCUUUUCGGUUUCAGUACCUUGACAAGUCUUACUGUGUUUUCAUCUGAGCGACUUCUCUUCGUUCGUGAACGUGCAAAUGGAUACUAUUCGCCUCUUGCAUACUUUUCUGCAAAGGUUGUAUUUGACAUUGUUCCUCUGCGUCUUAUCCCCCCGAUCAUCAUGGGCGUCAUUGUUUAUCCGAUGACUGGAUUGAUUCCGGCAUGGCCUGAAUUUUCGAGAUUUAUCCUCAUUCUAGUCCUGUUCAAUUUGGCAGCGGCUGGAAUUUGUCUCUUUAUUGGAAUUGUUUUCCGCGAUGGUGGCGUGGCCAAUCUUAUUGGGAGCUUGGUUAUGCUCUUUAGUUUGCUUUUCGCAGGCCUUCUGCUGAAUCACGACGCCAUACCCCCUGCAGCCAUGUGGCUACAAACUCUCUCCAUUUUCCAUUAUGGAUUCGAAGCUUUGAUAGUCAACGAAGUGACGUUCUUAACGCUUAUAGAUCACAAAUACGGCCUCGACAUUGAAGUCCCAGGAGCGUCGAUUCUUAGUGCCUUUGGUUUUGAUACCCUUGCUCUAUGGCAAGACGUGGUGGGCCUAGGUGUUAUCUCUGCGGUAUUCGUGGUCCUGGCCUAUGCUGCCAUGCAUUUACUCCUAGUAGAGAAGCGAUAA